AUGGCUCAAAGACAAGAUAAUUAUGUUGGUUUAAACGUCGGAGGAAAGAUCUUCAAGACAUUCCGUACCACACUGUUAGCUGAUCCAGAUAGCUUCUUUUAUGGUUUACUGGAUGGCGACAUUCCUUCGGCAAUAGAUGACCAAGGGAAUCACUUCAUCGACCAAGACGGUGAGGUGUUCCGUCAUGUCCUCAACUUCAUGAGAUAUCGUGAACUAGUACUACCAGAGGGUUUUAAAGAGUAUGGUGUCCUUAAACGCCAGGCAGACUUUUUCCAACUCGAGUCAAUGAAAUCCUCCAUUGAACGACCGAUGCAAGAUGAUAGAUCGGAAGCCGUUGGAUUAGUGUGUCUUGAUGGGAAGGUAUUCCACACGACAAGAGAAAUUUUGAUGAGAGAAAGGAAUUCAUACUUUACCAGGAUGCUGAGUAAGGACAGUACCGUUGAAAGAGAUUUACAGGGAAACUAUUAUAUGCACGGCAUCAGCAGUAAAUUGCUUAAGCACGCCCUAAGCUAUCUUACUCAUGGAGGUAUUCUUGACCCCAUCAAUGAUACGAAUGAAUUUGGGAGACGUAUGCAUGGAGGAGGGGGUGCUGGAGAGUAA